GAUCAAAAGAUCUAUGAGGCACAAAUGAACGUGUUAAUUGCAAUUUUUAACUUAGCUAUACGUAUUGGUACAAUUGUUAUCAGACCUGAUGGCAUAGUCAACAUUAUUGAAUCUAUAGAAAAGACAUCUAUUUCGGUUCAAGAUGCUCUGAAUGCUAGUGAUAAAGUAAAAGCAUUCAUUGAUGAAAACAAGGACUUAAGUGACAUAAAGGAUAAAAUUGAAACAAUUCAAAAAAUUGAAGAAGAUUUAAAAAAUAAUUGCAACAAGGCUAAAGAUCUGAAUAAUAGUGUGAUAACAGAGCAAAAAAGAAUCGAAUCUUUGGAUGUUGAUGAACUUGCACAAAUUCUUAAAACUGAAGAUCGAAAAGGAAUAAAAAUGAAGUCCGAAUGGAAAUCAAUUGAGAAUGUUAUGAUGCGAUUGCUUGAU